UUUUAGGGCCAUUCUUGUUCCUCUCACCUAUACGGUGGCAAUAAAAGCUUAAUUCUUGUAGGAAGACAAAUUGGACAUUUAGCAGUAGAAUAUACAUAUGCACAGGCUCUUUUCCACACUUGACCUUACUUUAGUGCUCACAUCUCACUUUCAACUUUAUCAAAAGGUCAACGCUCACUUGUUUAUUCCGCAGGCCUUGACGAGCACGGCUUGCUUCCUUCUACUGCCCCCUGAAUCUCAUCUGAAGCACACUGACAAUGAAACAGUUGUCCAACCCAAGCCAGUUCUGAAGCUCAUCUUUCGCUAAAUCCAGCACCAACCCAAUUUUCAAUUUCCAGAUCCGGGGCUGAAGAAGAUGGCACCACCCACGAAACUAUCUGGAAUUUGCUCUCUGCUGAUGGGUCUUCUCUUUGCCUACUCUGCAUCUGUUCAACUAGAUGAUCCAGAUUGGUACUUCUGGUUGCCUCUGUAUUCCUUUGCCUGCCUCGUGAACCUGGCGAGCCUGGUCUUCUUCGCGUCCAAACUGGUCCCAAGCAUUGGGAAGCUGGCGCUGCUCGGGCUGUUUCUGUUCAUGAAGGUGGUGGUGGAGGACUAUAGGCACGAAAUCGCCGGUUUCUGGUCGCUGGACAUGAGGGAGAGAGUUGUGAGAGAGAAAUUCGGGAGCGGGCUGGUUGUGUUCUCCAUGUUUCUGCAUCUUCAAUCCACAUCCAAUGAAAAGGGUCUCUUUACGAGGAAGGAUGUAGGAGUUGCCAAACGUAUUGAACUUGGACAGAUGAUCUUGGUGGGCAUUGGUUACGGGCUGUCCUUGGUCUUCUUUGCAUUCCACAAGGACGAAAUGAAGUUUUGACUGAAUGAAUCUCGAAGGGAUCAUGUAAAAACCCAGAGAUGGUCAUAUUUGUGUCUUAUCAGUGUGAGCGCGAGAGAUCUUCAAUUUUCACUGUUUGAUAUGUAUCUACAACCUUCGGUUUGCAAGGGGAAGGAUUUGUAAUUCAUCUUCUGACAUGAAUGCCAGCACGAUCCAUUCGAGCACCAGUACUCCGGCAGGUCAAACUUUGACCGAGAAUAGUUGUAAAUGCAGCAGAAACGGAUGUAC